UCAUCUUCUGAACAAGUUUCAACCCAAAAAGGUGAAUUCAUCAUGAAUGAAAGCACCGGAAGUACAGAAAUCAACAAUUAUGAAAUUUUGCCACUUUCUGAUAAACCCUAUGUUGAUAUGGUUCUUACUAAGAGCAGUGUCAAGCCCAUAUACAGUUUGUACUUACCCAAGAAAAUGAACAAAGAGCUUCCUUUUGAUGGAGCCCCCGCAGUUCUUACUUGUGGUGGAAAGAAGUGGAACUUGUUUUAUGGUGGAGCCAAAGCUAAAUACAAAUUUAGUAUUGGAUGGAAAAAAUUUGCAGAUGAUAACAAUCUAAAAGAGGGGGAUGGACUUGUGUUUGAACUCUCAGAGUGUAACUCGAACAAAAUCGAAUUCAAAAUUCAAAUUCUAAGAGAAGAUUUUCCAGCUGAAUUGGUUCCUGAAGAUGUGGAGGGUAUAAACACCGACAACCCAAUAAUAAUUGAUUAA